AUCUUCUCAGGAGAGGAGGGACUAGUUGAGCACACACACACGCGCCCCCUCACACACAUCACCUCCUCGUCGGGACUACUCCGCGGCGUGGAAAGUAAGUGCAAAGCGUGAAUCAUGCCCCUCGUCAUCCUCGCCGAGUGGAAGCGCGAUCGAAAUUGGGCGAGAUUCGGAUAACAGCGAGAGAAGUUUCCAGGUUGAACUAAAGUGGUCAUUCCAAGUCAACAUGGGGAACGCAGGGAGCAUGGACCAGCACACGGAUCUCAGGGGCCACAACAUGCCCCUAAAACUACCCAUGCCGGAACCUGGGGAACUGGAGGAAAGAUUUGCUAUCGUUUUGAACUCGAUGAAUCUCCCGCCAGACAAAGCUCGCCUGUUGCGGCAGUAUGACAACGAGAAGAAGUGGGAGCUCAUCUGCGAUCAGGAACGAUUCCAAGUGAAAAACCCACCACACACGUACAUCCAAAAGCUGAGGAGUUAUCUUGACCCGGCAGUCACGAGGAAGAAAUUCCGCCGAAGAGUUCAGGAGUCCACCCAAGUCCUGAGGGAACUGGAAAUUUCAUUGCGGACCAAUCAUAUAGGGUGGGUGAGAGAGUUCCUCAACGAAGAAAACAAAGGCCUGGACGUGCUGGUGGAAUAUCUGUCUUUUGCUCAGUACGCUGUCACGUUCGAUGGCGAGUCUGUGGAAAACGGCUCAGAGGCCCUGCUGGACAAGUCCAAACCUUGGAGCCGCUCCAUUGAAGAUCUGCACGGAGGCAGCGUGCUGUCAUCGCCCCUCAGCGGGAACGGCAUCACCCGGGCGGGGCGCCACUCAACGUUACGAUGCAACACGUUGCCCAGCCGGAGGACGCUGAAGAACUCCAGGCUGGUCUGCAAGAAAGACGACGUCCACGUCUGCAUCAUGUGCCUGCGUGCUAUCAUGAACUACCAGUAUGGCUUCAACAUGGUCAUGUCCCACUUAAAUGCUGUGAAUGAAAUUGCACUAAGUCUCAACAAUAAAAACCCAAGAACCAAAGCUUUGGUGUUGGAGCUCCUGGCGGCCGUUUGUCUCGUAAGGGGAGGCCACGAAAUCAUCCUGUCCGCGUUUGACAACUUCAAGGAGGUUUGUAUGGAGGAGCAGCGGUUUGAAAAGCUAAUGGAGUAUUUCAAGAACGAAGACAACAACAUCGAUUUCAUGGUGGCCUGCAUGCAGUUCAUCAACAUUGUGGUGCACUCGGUGGAAGACAUGAACUUCCGGGUUCAUCUGCAGUACGACUUCACCAAGCUGUCUUUGGAUGAAUUCUUAGAGAAAGUCAAGCACACAGAGAGCGAUAAGCUGCAGGUUCAAAUCCAGGCCUACUUGGACAACGUGUUUGAUGUGGGUGCUCUCCUGGAGGAUGCAGAGACCAAAAACGCCGCCCUGGAGCGCGUGGAGGAACUGGAAGAGAACAUGUCGCAUUUGACAGAGAAGCUGCUGGAUGCAGAGAAUGAAGCCAUGGCCAAGAUUGUGGAGCUGGAGAAGCAGCUCAUGCAGACAAAUAAGGAUCUGGAAGGCAUGAAGGAAGCCUACAAAGACAGCAGCGGGAAGCUGCAUUCGCUGCGGCAGAUCUUGAAAGAGAAAGACGAGGCCAUCCAGCGGCAGAGUCACCUGGAGAAGAAGAUCCACGAGCUGGAGAAGCAGGGCACCAUCCGGAUCCACAAACGAGGGAACGGCGACUUCUGCAUCGUUACGGCCUCCGGCGCGGAAGGCAGCGCCGCGGGCGGAAACGGCGUCGGCAAUCCGACCCAUGUGGGAGGCGAUGUGGCUCCUCCGCCAGAGAACGGCUCAGUUCCCAACGGCCCGACGUUGAGCCCUCCUGCGCCGGCUCCUCCGCCGCCACCACCUCCUCCUCCGCCGCCACCUCCGCCCGCUCCCCCACUUCCACUUUGUGCCUCGUCAGGCCUGUCACCUCCCCCGCCGCCCCCGCCACCUCCUGCCGCUCCUCCGCUGCCCGGCUGCGGGACCCCCACUGUUAUUAUCAACUCGGGUUUGGCCGAAGGACCCAUCAAACUUUUUUCGGUUAAGAUCAAGAAGCCCAUCAAAACCAAGUUCCGCAUGCCCGUCUUCAACUGGGUGGCCCUGAAACCCAACCAGAUCAACGGGACCGUCUUCAACGAGAUCGACGACGAGAGGAUACUCGAGGACCUGAACGUGGAUGAGUUUGAGGAGAUGUUCAAGACCAAAGCCCAAGGCCAGGCGGUGGAGCUGACCAUGAGCAAGCAGGUGAUCCAGAAGGGACCCAACAAGGUGACGCUGUUGGACUCCAACAGAGCAAAGAACUUGGCCAUCACGCUGAGGAAAGUGGGCAAGGCACCUGAGGAGAUAUCCAAGGCCAUUCAGAUGUUCGACCUGCGCACUCUGCCUGUGGACUUUGUGGAGUGCCUGAUGCGCUUCCAGCCCACGGAGAACGAGGUCAAGUCGUUGCGUCAGUUCGAGAAGGAGCGCAAGCCGCUGGAGAGCCUGACGGAUGAGGACCGCUUCAUGAUGCAGUUCAGCAAGAUCGAGCGGCUCAUGCAGAAGAUGACCAUCAUGGCCUUCAUCGGCAACUUUGUCGAGAGCAUCCAGAUGCUCACGCCGCAACUUCAUGCAGUCAUUGCAGCAUCGGUGUCCAUCAAGUCAUCGCAGAAGCUGAAGAAAAUUCUAGAGAUUAUUUUAGCGCUGGGAAACUACAUGAACAGCAGCAAAAGAGGAGCAGUGUACGGGUUCAAGCUGCAAAGUUUGGACCUGCUGCUCGACACCAAAUCGACGGACCGCAAGAUCACGCUGUUGCACUACAUCGCUAACGUGGUGAAGGAGAAAUACACGCAGGUUUCCUGCUUCUACAACGAGCUGCACUAUGUGGAGAAAGCAGCAGCAGUGUCGCUGGACAACGUCCUCCUGGACGUGAAGGAGCUUCAGAGAGGCAUGGAGCUGACCAAGAGGGAGUACAGCAUCCACGGCCACAACACCAUGCUCAAGGACUUCAUCGCGCACAACGAGAGCAAGCUGAAGAAGCUGCAGGACGACGCCAAGAUCGCGCAGGACGCCUUUGACGAAGCCGUCAAGUUCUACGGCGAGAGUUCCAAAACCACGCCUCCCUCCGUCUUCUUCCCCGUCUUUGUUCGCUUUGUCAAGGCCUACAGGCAAGCCGAAGAGGACAACGAGCAAAGGAAGAGGCAACAGCAGCUUCUGAUGGAAAGACUUUUGGAACAAGAGGCCCUGAGGCAGGAAGAGCAGAAGUCUCCAUCCCAUAAGAACAAAAGGCAACAGCAGGAGCUGAUCCAGGAACUGCGGAAGAAGCAAGUCAAAGACAGCCGCCAUGUCUACGAAGGCAAAGACGGCGCCAUCGAGGACAUCAUCACGGUGUUGAAGACGGUGCCCUUUACCGCCCGCACCGCCAAGCGCGGCUCUCGGUUCUUCUGCGAGCCCGCCCUCAAUGAGGAGUACCAUUACUGAGCUUGUAGAACUCUCUGGCACAAAAACGACAAGAUCUUCGCAAUCAGCCUUACAGGCGAGCGGACGCCGUGCGCCGCAGCGUCCGGAGGCGCUUCGACGACCAGAAUCUGCGACCGCUCAACAACGGUGAGGUGGUUGUGUGAUCGACGGACGGACAGAUGGAUGGACAAGGGGGGGACAGCAGCAAGUGUUAAGGUUAACAAGGACGAGGUAUGGACAUGAAAGCCUAAUUCAACGCAUCAGAAAGAUUUCAAAAAAGUGCUCCAACGGCUUCAUGAGCCGUUAGAGCAUUUAUUUGCUCGCCAAAUGAUGAUGAUGAUGAAUGUUUAUGAUGAUAGCCAUUGUGAGGACAGCAGAGGGACAGACGCAAUGUUGCAAGCAGGUUGGAUUGGGAUUAAGUUGAGAACAUGAAACGAAAGUGAACAAAUGGCAAUCUGUUCGAGACUGUUUAUGUAUGUGUGUAUAUACACAUAGAUAUGUCUUCAGGAUAUAUAUAUAUAUAUAUAUAUAAUGAAUAUGUAUGAAGGACCUGGACUGCUCAUAGAAACAAAAAGUGCCUAAACUUUAAUUCAGGUGUGUUUUGCAUUGAAGCAAUUCCAAUCGAAAAGCGUGGACAGGGAAGAAGUGCAGCACGAGAGCGAACUAGCUUCAGUUUUGUCGGUUCGGUACCGAAAUUCAGUGGCCAAAUAUUUCCGGUGGCUUGAACACCUGAAGAAUGGUCAACACUUGGGCGGGAAUUUUCAAGUGCAACAUUUAGCAGAGAAAAUGCCCAUUUUUCAAUGGAAUACUGCCCAAAUCUUGACACUUAAAAGAAAAUAUUUUUGCCCAUUUUAAGCUACACAAAUUAAUUUUAAAAAUGUGUUUUUUAGGUGUCUGAAAUAUUUAAGAUGAAAUAUUUAAUAAGAAUUUUUUCAACAUUUUUAAAAUGAGCAGAAAUUAAUAGACAUUUUUAAGAAGAAUACUGAUUCAAAUCAAUGUGUAGUUCCACUCCUAGGGGGCAGUCCCCUGUCUGAAACUCGUGCCGUUAUUUAGGUUGGGUGCCAGUACAUCUGAAUGUUUUAAGCGUGCAAUAGUAGACGUUUGAUGGCUGUUUGGACGUCGAUG